GUCUUACGCGGCUCAUUCCCCCUAGGUCCCAAUAAGGAGGUCUUUGACGCAGAAACGAUAUAUGGCCCAAUCUGGAUCUACUGGGUCCCUGGAUAUACAAAUAUUCUAGCAAUGAAGAAGCAGACUAGGCCGUUAAAGAAGAUAUUUCGUCGAGCUGCGCGUCUUUUUGAUGUAUCCGAAGCAACUUUACGAAGGCGCCUCAAGGGGGCUACCCCUCACCACCUAGCGGGCAUUGAACGUCAUAAAAUGGCCCGUACAGGAGAGGAAUCUCUCCGGAGCUGGGCCUGCAUGCUUGGAAGCCUGGCAGAUAUCUUACUCGCUGAAAGGGAUCUGAACGCAGCUCCUAAGAAA